AUGCCAUCUUUUCGUGUGGCGGCAGCCACUGCUGCCAAUUCCAAUGAUCCCGAGGCGCCCACUGCCUACUGCGCGCAGAAGCGCAAGUGCUGCUGCUGCGAGCUGCCGAGAUAUGCCAAGUGCUCGGUGUGCCUGGCAGCUGUGUAUCUGGCCCUGAUGCCCUGCGUCUACUUGCUUGGGCACUUCUUGGUCUAUCCAGGAUCCGACUUCGUUGCGACGUUUCACGGCACCUCCUGCAAGCAGUUCGUCUUCGCUGGCCGCUCUGGCCGGUCGAUACAGGCAGCUCACUGUCCUCUUGGCACUUUCGGUGCUCCGAAGAAUGCCACACCUGUGGUUGCCUUCGGAGGCAACGGCAUGAACAUGUACGAUGUCCUUCUGAGUAUGGGCAGCAUCCUCCCAUCAUCACAGCAGGAGUGGGAUCUCUACUCGAUUUCAUUUCCGGGGUCCCAGUACGCGCCCAACGCGGGCUGGACGACCCAAGGCCGAGCAGAGGAGGAUGCACAGGACCUUCUGCAGUAUGUACACAACCUCACAGGGCGACCUGUGGUAGUUUAUGGCUGGUCCUUGGGCACCUCUGUGGCAGCAUCCCUGGCUGCCAAAAAGAGCGAUGCUGUUCAGUGCGUGCUGCUGGGGAACCCUUUCACCAGCAUCCGCGACGUGGCACUGUCCUGGACAAAGAACUUUGCCUGGCCAUAUCUGUAUCUCGUGGAUGAGUGGCCCACGGCGCGCUGGGCCAAGCAAUUCCGCGCUCCCACGAUUGUCAUGUCAUCGACGCAGGAUCAAGUUGUUCCGCAGGAGAUGCACAGAAAGAUCUACGAGACGGUUCCAUCAGAGAAGCUCUUGGUGGAACUACCGCUGCAACACAUGGACAUCGAUGGUUGCUUGGAGUUAAAGCCUGUCACGGACGGGGGAAGCGUAAGUUUGGGUGUUGCUCCUUUGCUUGUCUCCAUGGUCGUCCCACCUUUGGUCUUUUUGCUGCAAGAUGCCAUGAUGGAUGCUCUGGGCAUCUCUCCUUGGCCUGUCCGUGACGUGCCUGCACACCCAUGCGCAAAGCUGCAUAGCAGCCGCGGAGGCGGCAAUCGCAAGGGCUCCGGAAAGAAAGCAGAGCUUCGGUACCUGCGACUGGCGGCUCGGCAAACAAACGGAUCAAGAAAUGUCAUUUUCGUGACGGGCGACUCCGGUGUGGACCGUUGGCAUGCCUUCCGUUCCAAUCGCAUUGAUGCGGUCGUCAUUGAUGCGGACCAUCGCUAUGACUCGGUUCUCGCGGACAUCUCCAAUGCGCUCAGCGUGCAAACCGUGAAGCACUUCGCCUUUCACGACUAUCAAGCCCCAGGCGUGAGGCAAGCCAUUACGGAGUUCGAAGAGCUGGGAGCGCUGGUGAACUGCCAGGCAAUUGGUGCCGGCUGGGAUGGAUCUGCUUGGUACGACGACGGCUGGAACGCCGAAACCGAGACAAACGUGUCCGAGGGCCGCCUCUGCCAUCGCGGGAAGCUGGGAAACCUUUCGCCCGCCUUUGUCAACAAGACCUUCUACGUCUAUCAGACCCCCAUCGCCGAGUUUCGCAAAGAGAUGGACUGCUUGUUCCUUGCAGGUAGAAUGACGUGUAGUACGCUGCAGGGCAGCUGGAGCUUUCGCGGCGAAGGUCGAAGGCUGCAUGUCCUUUUGGAGAGCCCGUCUGGUGGAGCCUUGGAAGUCUUCUUCAACAAGGACUACACGGCCUUCAUUAUGGGGUAUCUUGGAUCGACGUAUUUUGGACUUCAAGAAGGUUUGGCGUUCAUGGCAGUGAAGCAGGCCAACCGGCUCUUCAAAGAUGCAAAGAGACAGCCGCUGUGA